GACUCGCGCGCGGUUGGAAGACGAGAGUGAGAGAAUCCCUCAACUCAGUCUACGAGAGUAAUCCAAGCUGGGCGAAGGUGUUUUGCAUUGCGUGAUCAGUUUCACUCGAUUUCAAUCUGAAUGAUGGGCAUCCGGAACACGGGAAAGCUAGCCGGUAAAACGCUAUUCAUCACCGGAGCUUCUCGGGGGAUCGGCAAGGCGAUCGCACUAAAAGCGGCCCGUGACGGUGCCAAUGUGGUGAUCGCAGCGAAAACUGCCGAACCACACCCGAAGCUGCAGGGCACGAUCUACACGGCGGCAGCCGAAAUUGAUGCGGCCGGCGGUAAGGCGCUAGCGUGCGUAGUGGAUGUCCGCGAUGAGGUCGCCGUGCGGGCCGCAAUCAAAGGAGCCGUCGACAAAUUCGGCGGCAUCGAUAUUCUGGUCAACAAUGCCAGCGCGAUUUCGUUGACCCCGACGGAACAGACCGAGAUGAAGCGUUACGACUUGAUGAAUAACAUCAACACCCGAGGAACGUUCCUGGUUUCCAAGGAAUGCAUCCCGUACCUGAAGAAUAGCUCCCACGGUCACAUCCUGAACCUGUCACCGCCGCUAACUCUCAAACCGGAGUGGUUCGCCCGCAACCUAGCGUACACGAUCGCCAAAUACGGCAUGUCAAUGUGCGCCCUAGGAAUGGCCGAAGAGUUCCGCAAGGAUGGCAUCGCUGCCAACGCCCUGUGGCCAGCAAAACUGGUCCACACGGCGGCCGUCGACAUGAUCCACGGCGACGGAGCCGAGGUCGUGUCCCGCAAACCGGAAAUCAUGGCCGACGCUGCGUACGCCAUUCUCUGCAAGGACCCUCGCACCUGCACCGGAAACUUCUUCAUCGACGAGGACCUUCUCCAGGCGGAAGGCAUCACCGACUUCAGCGAAUACUCCUGCGUACCCGGCAACGAGCAGAACAUCCGUCUCUGCGGCUUUGUCGACCCGAAUCGAUCGAAAUUGUAAUAAAACAAAGCAGCAAUCCAUCCGGAUUUCGAAAA